CAACUGCAAACAACUGAUGAAAUUAAAGCAAGAAGCAAGCACUGAAGAAAUUAAAGCAAGAACUGGUGGUAGGACCUCUUGUGAGUCCGCACGGGUAGGUACUACCACCCCGCCUAUUUCCGCCGUGAAGCAGUAAUGCGUUUCGGUUCGAAGGGUGGGGUAGCCGUUGUAACUAUACUGAGACCUUAGAACUUAUAUCUCGAGGUGGGUGGCGCAUUUACGUUGUAGAUCUCUAUGGGCUCCAGUAACCAAUUAACACCAGGUGUGUGAGGCUGUGAGCUCGUCCAUACAUUAAGGAAUUAAAAACAAAAAGCUGAGAGAAAGCGACCGUAAUUAAUCAACAGAAGGGGUGUGGUUUUUCAUCAUGAUAACGCUAUACCUCACACAUCUUUAGCCACUCAGCAAAAAUUAAGAGGCUGGGAGAUGUUAAUGCAUCCGCCGUAUAGUCCUGACUUUGCACCUUUAGAUUUCGACCUGUUUCGGUCUCUUCAGAAUUCUAGGCAGUGUACGGUUAACAUCACAAGAGGACAGCCAAAACCAAUUGUCGCGGUAUUUUGAUCAGAGCAAUGGGAUCAUGUCUCUACCUAUAAGUUGGCAAAAAGUUAUCGAACCGUUUGGUUCAAUAACUCGGUUUAGUUAAAUGUAAAUAAACUAUAUUAAAAAAUGUUGUGAAUUUUCUUAAAAAAUGCGAAGAAAGAUUUUCCCCAACCUAAUAUGUAUUUGAUCAACACCUAUCCCCACUGUGAAAAAGUUUAAGAUAUCUGGGAUCUAUGCUCACGCCGGAUGCCAGGGUGGAAGACGAUAUUGCGCACCGUAUAAAUGUAGCAUGGCAGAAAUGGCGGUCGCUAACAGGAGCUCUGUGUGAUACCCGUAUGCCCAUAAAAUAAAGUAUACAAGACAGCCGUCAGGUCAGCCUUACUGUACGAUUCCGAAUGCUGGACAGUCAAGAAAACGCAUGAACAGAUGGUACAUGUAACCGAAAUGAAUAUGUUGCGCUGGUUGGGUGGGGUGACCAGGAUGGACAGAGUUCGGAAUGAAUACAUACGAGGGAACUUUAAAGUCGCAUCAAUUACAGACAAAAUGACGCAAAAUUGCCUUAGAUAGCAUGGCCAUAUCAUGAGACGGGACGAAGACCAUGUAAUGAAAAUCGCAUUAAGCUUGCCAGAAUAAAAGAGAGGUAGAGGCCGCUCGUCAUCUACCUGGUGGUCAAACAUCGUAAGAAAGCUCAAUUGCCAAAACCGACAACCCAGGACAGAUCAGCCUGGCGCCGAGUGAGGGUACCUGACCCCAGAUAACAGGUACAGGGCGGAAGAAGAAGAAGAAGAAGUUAUAUACGAAGAUAUAAUAAUUAAAUGACUUAACUUUAACAACAUAUAAGUUUAGGGGCAACCGCUACAUGAUGUCGAUAGUUUCCAUACAAAAAAAAUACUUGUCUUAAAGUAUUGUAAUUUCAGGGCCCUGGUAUAGGCUUCGGUAGCCAUUAAAAACAAUAAAAUAGCGAAUUUUCACUAAAGACGGAUUAAAAUUCCGCAAAGAGUAAUGUUAAGGUUCUCUAGCAAUUCGUCAGUGUGGUUGGAGCAGUUGUAAUUUUUAUUCGGACAAUACCAAUAAUCGGUUGAGAUUUCAAUGGGGCCGCUUCACUGAUGGGCAUGGUGGUGACGCGGAUCCUUGCGAGCUUAGACACUAUGCUACUAAUUUCUCUUAGAUCUUCGACUAUCUAGCAUAGAAGUUGCGGUUAUUUUUUUAUCAAGGAAGGAUUACUUCAGGGCUUUUCAGUUUCAUCAGAAUAAGUGGUUGAGUAAAUGUACAGCUAGGAGGGAACCGCGAAAGAAGGAGGGGCGUCCUAAAAAUACUUGGAUAGACUGUUUGAAUGACGAUAUGCGAGAGAACAGUGUGAUUGAAGUGAUGAUGUCUGAUCAGCGCUGAAUGGAAAAAUACAAAUACGUUGCGCCGAAACCACAUUGUAGCAUUGGGGCCAAAAGUAGUGGAAGAAGUAGUGUAACAAGAAGUAGUAGAAAACUUUAAUGAAGAAUAAGAACGAAGAAGAAGAAGAAGAAGAACAAGAAGUAGUGGAAGACUUUAAUGCGAAUAAAAAAGAACAUUACAACAAUUUAAUUCUUCCUGAAUAUUUUUUUUGUGUUAAUAAAUGGAGUGGAGAUAGUGUUCAGUGGAGAUUCUGCACUGAGUCACUAGUGCAGAAUAUUAUUAGCAUUGUGUACGUGAUAAUACCGGAGGCUUCAACGAUACAGUGAUAACAAUGAAUUAUUCGUGGAUAGUUGUGUCUAGUUUGCUGUGCAGUGUUGCUUAUGGCUCGAACUUAACCUUCCCCCCGGGCUUUAAGUUCGGUGCAGCAUCAGCUUCAUACCAAGUUGAGGGAGCUUGGAAUGUCAGCGACAAAGGUGAAAGCAUAUGGGAUCGGCUAGUCCACACCAAACCUGAAGCGAUAAUGGAUCUCACUAAUGGAGACGUGACCUGCGACUCUUAUCAUCUUUGGGAGAGAGACAUAGAAAUGGCAACGGAGCUUGGUCUACAUUUCUACCGCUUCUCUCUGUCUUGGCCAAGGCUUAUGCCUACGGGUUUUAGUAAUAAGAUCAGCGAAGACGGCCAGAAGUACUACAACAACCUGAUUGAUGGGCUUUUGGAUAAGGGGAUUGAACCUCUUGUUACCAUUUUUCAUUGGGAUUUACCCCAGAGUUUGCAGGAUCUUGGUGGCUGGAUGAAUCCGCUGAUAGUCGACUGGUUUGAGGACUACGCUAGGGUCGUGUUCUCUCUGUUCGCGGAUAGAGUUAAAACCUGGGUCUCUAUAAACGAGCCUGUAUCGAUUUGCGACUAUGUUUAUAACACUGGCGGAAUGGCUCCUCCUAUUUUCGAGCCUCACGUGGCCCCUUAUGUGUGUACUAAGCAUGUUUUGCUGGCUCACGCCAAAGCUUGGAGGAUUUAUGACGAGGAAUUCAGGCCAAUGUAUAACGGUGAAAUCUCGUUGGCCAUUCCCCUGAUCUGGCACGAAGCAUUAUCUGCUGAGCAUGAAGAACUUGCUGAAUUGCUAAGAGAAAAUAUAGCCGGUCGGUAUAGUCACCCAGUCUACUCAAAGGAGGGAGGUUGGCCACCGUCUCUGGAGAAGCAUCUGGAAGAGGUCGGCAAACGCAAGGGAUUCAACAAAUCGGUCCUCCCGCCUUUCACGAAAGAGGAAAUAGAUUUGAUUAGAGGUACAUACGACUACUACGGAAUGAAUUUCUACACGAGUCGUCUGGUGCGGAAGGCGAGGCCCGGCGAAUCUAUCGGAGCCUGGCCAAUGAACGGAGCCCCUGAUUUUGACGCAGCCUUCGAGAAAGAUCCAAGCUGGGUCGCCGGCUAUUCUAGCUGGUUCUAUGUAACCCCUGAAUAUUUCCGACCUCAAAUUAUGUGGUUGAAAGAAAAAUACGGGGACCUGAAGUUCUUGAUCACUGAAAACGGUAUUUCGACUGGACCAGGAUUGGAUGACAGAAUGAGGGUCGAGUAUUAUAGGGAUCAUUUAAAAGAGUUACUUCUAGCCAUCCACGAGGACGGCGUUAACGUGGUGGGAUUCACAGCGUGGACCCUGAUGGACAACUUCGAGUGGAACGAUGGUCUCGGAUCCAAAUUCGGAUUAUACGAAGUGAACUUCACCUCUCCGCAGCGCACGCGGACGCCACGUGCUUCAGCGCACUACUAUAAGAGCAUCAUCGACACACAUUCAAUCCCAAAGACUAUUUAUGAAAACUAAUAGCUGUAUCGGAUACUUUGGUGUAAAUAAAUAAAUAGAAUAGUUACACAUGC